UCAAGAAGAGGCAGAGAGAGCCGACACCGGAGAGCUGGUCACGGCUGGAAGCCACUUGCAGACUGGAGUCCCAUCAGAAGCUGCCAAGAUGAGGGAGUGGCCAGAGCCUGAGAUUUCUGUGCCAGGGAGUGGCUUCCUGUCCAUGGCAGAUGGGUUUGGCGUUGUGGAGCCUCUGCAGUACUAUGAUGUGCUGUCGGACCCUCAGGGCUACCCCCUCCAGGAUGUGGAGCUCCAGGCACUGCCCUAUGGCCAGCAGCAGUACAGCCCAAUCAGCAUGCCUUUCUGCCCACAGGGGGCACCAUCCUCACAGCCUUGCUAUCCACCAUACUCUUACGUUUCGCCAUGCCCGGAGCCACUCCCAGAAGCCAUUGCAGAAGCUCCAGCAGAGAGGCAGGGGGGCUUGGCAGGGCUGCCCCCGCUGAAGCGGACAAGGCCGGGUCCCGGGGGGCGGGUCAGGGGCCCAGGGGAGCUGUGCGUGGUGUGUGGGGACAAGGCCUCGGGGUAUCACUACAAUGCACUCACAUGUGAGGGCUGUAAAGGGUUCUUCCGGCGCAGUGUGACAAAGAAGGCAGUGUACCGCUGCAAGAGCGGUGGCGGCUGCGAGAUGGACAUGUACAUGCGGAGGAAGUGCCAGGACUGCCGCCUGAGGAAAUGCCGUGCCGUGGGCAUGCUGGCUGAGUGCCUGCUGACAGAGGUGCAGUGCCAGUCGAAGCGCCUGAGGAAGAGCGGCAAGCAGCACAGCAAAUCAUCCUGCAAACGGGAGGAGGAGGAGGACGGUGCCGAGGGCAGGGCUGUGACCUCCACCUGCAAGGUGCUAGGACAGGUCUCCAUCAGCUUGUCGAGGGAGGAGCAGGUCCUGCUGGACAGCAUUGUGGAUGCGCACCGCCGAUACCGGGCUCAGGACUCCGCUCAUGCCUGGGUGCUGGAGUCCCCCAGGAUGGAUGAUGGGGGGAGCCGACUAGGGGAUGUGAGCUCCGCCCACUGCCAAAGGCUCUUACAGUUCUCCAGCAGCUUGCCUGGGUUCGAGCUCCUUGACUGUGCUGAUCAGAUAGCCCUGCUCACCAGCUCCUCUGUAGAAGUCAUGUUCCUGCUCUCCGCACAGCUCUUCGCCCAAGGCUUCCCAGUGGCCACUGGAGAUUCCAUGUCUUUGCCCCUGUCAGCACUGUACCCCUUGGGGGCAGACCUUUCUUCCCAUUACUGGCUGAAGAACCCCCACUCCAAGCAGACCUUGGCCCCAGACUCAUUAUGCAGCUCCGGAGUCACCGAGGAGCUGCUGGGACCUGUCAUUAACUUCUUCCACAGCAUGGUGGCGCUAGCGGUGACCGAGGCUGAGUACGCACUGCUCACCGCCACGGCAGUUCUGUGCUCAGAGCAAACGGCCCUCCAGGCUCCCAUGCAAGUGGAGGUCCUGCAGGAGCACAUUCUUGAACUGCUGUCCCGGGUGUGCAGCCUACCACGGAUGCCUGCGGGGGCUCCCGACCCCCAGCGCUUCGCUCGGCUGCUGGGCCGACUCACCGAGCUGAGGACUCUGCGACACAACCACCUGGCCCUGCUGAGGCACCAGCCCUGGGGGACACACAGCCACUGAGAAACAGCCUGGCGGGCGACACCGGGAGCGCGGCAACUGCAGCCGAGGAGAGGAGGACUUCCCCGGAACAGAGGUUGAACCCAUAACACGGUUCAUCCUCGCGAGGCCGGACCCGUAUGGGGGAGGGGCGUCCGGUUAUACGAUUGACUGCUCAUUCCAGUGUGGCAUACGUGGGAUUUUUUUAAAAAAAUCCUUUUGGCAUGAUAGUAACGUGGUUUUGUGAAAGUGUUUUAUUUUCACAAGAAAAGGCAUAAAAUGAAACGAUAACAUAGAGAGGCCUCGUCAAAAGACAGAGCAGCAUUUACCGCACUUCCUUACCAAAUCUGCAUAAAUGACAACAUAUUUUUUAUGUUAUUAUUGAAACUUUUAUGCAAGUAAAUCACUUCAGAUGUUGAAAGUGAUAUUUUUACAGUUUGCA